UCGUUAAAUUGGUCGCGCAGUUGCUCUCAGCCGUUAGUUUAGCUAGUGGUCGCUGAGGUAGCGGGUUAAACUGCGCUUGUGGAAAAUAGGAGCUAAAAAGUUACAGAAAAAUGAUGGAAGCUGAUCGGCCUGGGAAGCUGUUUAUAGGAGGCCUCAAUAUCGAGACUAAUGAAAAUACUCUUGAAGUUGUAUUUGGGAAAUAUGGUCCCGUAGUGGAAGUUACUUUGAUGAAGGAUCGGGAAACAAAUAAGUCCAGAGGCUUUGCUUUUAUCACUUUUGAGAGCCCUGCUGAUGCUAAGGAUGCUGCCAAAGAUAUGAAUGGAAAGUCGUUGGAUGGAAAAGCAAUUAAAGUAGAGCAAGCCAACAAACCAUCUUUUGAAAGUGGUGGUAGACAGAAACCACCACCUUCUCCAAGAAGCAGAGGCCAUUCAAGAAGUGCAAGAUGUGGAAGAGGAGGAAGUGGGGGAGUGAGAGCGCGUCCCUCACGUGGAGGACACUUGGGUAAUGUUUUAAAAUACAAGGAUGCAACCAUAGAACUGGAAAACAAUGAUCGUGAAUAUACUGUUAAUCUCAACAUGAGUUCUUCCAGGGGACCCUUUCCAGUUAAAAGAGGUUCAUCUUCAAGAAGUGGAGGUCCUCCUCCAAAAAAAUCUGCUCCUUCUGCCCCAGGGCGUAGCAGUAGAGGGAUUGGAGGAAGAGGUCCAUUGCCCCAUGGAAGAGAAAACCAUGGAGGUCCUUCGCGCAGAGAGCCGGUCUCUUCCCGGAGAGAUGACUAUAUGCCACCAAGAGAUGAUGGUUACAAUACUAAAGAUAGUUAUUCGAGGAGAGAUUAUCCAAGUUCCCGGGACACCAAGGAUUAUUCUCCAUCACCUAGAAACUAUGCAUACCGUUACUAUGACCAUUCAAGUUCUCGGGAUGAACAUUACUCUAGAGGAUAUAGUGAUCGUUAUAGCUAUGGUGGAGGUCGUGAGAGAGAUUAUUCUGAACAUUCAAGUGGAGGCUCUUACAGAGAAUCAUAUGAGAGUUACGGUAGCUCCCGUGGUGCACCACCAGCACGAGGACCUCCUCUGACUUACGGUGGAAGCAGUCGCUAUGAUGGUUGUAGCUGCACACGUGAUGGAUACGGUGGAAGUAGAGAAAGUUACUCAAGCAGCCGGAAUGAUGUCUAUUUAAGUGGUCGUGGGCAUGGUGGCAGACAGGAACGAGGGUUUCCACCUUCCAUGGAUAGGGUGUACCCUGCUCUUCGUGAAUCAUAUGGUAGCUCAAGUUAUGGAGGUUCCAGAGGUGGUCAUGGGGGAAACCGAUCUGAAAGAGGAGGCCGUAGCAAAUACUAAAAAUAAGUUACGUGCCAGUUUUUCUUUGUUUUUUCAAAGAGAAAUUUUAAAUGCUACUUUUUUCUGCUUUAUUGCAUUGGUUAAUAAAAGAAAAAUGUUACCCUUGUGGGGGCAGGCACACUUUUAUUUGCCCUCCAUGCAUUUUUGGUAAGAAAAAAUUCAAAGUAAUUUCAUAAUAAUUAGUGUUAAUUGAGGAAUAUUACAGAAGUUAUUUGAAAAUAGUGUCUGUAUUGUUAAAACAGCAUGUUUCCAUAAAAUGGUAUUUCCUUUAUUAUUUUACUAUUUAGCUAUAAAAAAUGUGAAAGCAAAUUUGUUUGAAAGGUGAAUUGCACUGUUUGCCUGAAAAUUUCCUUUGUGUUGGAAAUAAAUGCAUACAAUAUAAAUGCAUACAAAAUCUGUACUCCUGAAAGAAAAAAAAUGUUACUUUUGGGGAGAGGCAUACAUUAACUUUCCUUCCAUGAUUUUUUUGGAUAAGAUGAAAAGCAUUUUUCAAAGUAGUUUCAUAAUUGUUAAUGUUAAUUGAUGAAAACUAGAGAAGUUGUUUAAAUGUAAUUGUCUGUAUUAAGAAUUUCAGAGUAAACAUUUCCACUAAAUGGUUAUUUCCUA